AUGCAAUUCACUGGUUCAUCAUCUUAUUUUCAAGCAUAUGGAUUUUAUCAAGCCGGAUAUGGAGUUGUUUACAACAAACCAUUUUCAAUUUCAAUGUGGAUUAGUGCGUCGUCAUAUUCCAGUUGUGCAUUUGUUCAAAUGUCAAUAUAUUAUUAUUCUACUUCAUGUGUUAAUAUGCUUGGCAUUUGGUCAUCCACUGGCAAUGCAGCUCAAUUAGUUGCACAAGGUUAUGGUUGGAUCAAUUGGUUACAAAUUGGAUACAAUUUUGGGUGUUCAGGUAAUUAUAUUUCGAAUGGUGCAUUUCAAGGAAUCAUUGAUGAGAUGAUUUAUGUUCAUAAUCGAGAAAUCACGGCAACAGAAGUCUAUGCACUCGCUAAUCCUUAA